AUUUAGGUUUCGCACUCUCACCUAUAUAUAUUCUUAAACCCAUCGCCUCCGUAUCACUGUUCUCCCACCUUCUCCGUCGGUGUUCUUGACGAGACUUUUCGAAGGGUGGGAUAAGAAUUUUGGGGGCUUGAAUCUGAUCAACUGUAGCCAUGUCAACAAGUUAUUUAACCACAGCAAACGAGGAUUUGAAAAUCAAUGAUUUGCAUACCUAUGGCCCUGCUGCAACUGCCAAUAUCUCCAUAUGCCCGCCCAAAUCUAAACAACAAAUUCAAGAAGAAGAAGAAGUAGAUGAUGAUUAUGAUAGCAUCUCUGAUAGCUCUCUAUCUGAUUAUCACGCAGAGGAGUAUCCUAUUACCGCCACCUCUGAGUCCGAGGAUAAUGACUCUGAAUCUGAAGACAGUGAUUACAGAAGCAGAAUUGAGUUGAAACAAUCAAGCAUAACAGCAACAAUCCAGUCACUUUCUUAUCCAAACAAGAGGAAGAAGGGUGAAAAAAAUACCCGUUCAGAGGAUAAUAUUGAGGCUAAGGAUCGCUCCUGUAAAGCUAAGGAGCCUUCUAAGUUCCGGCCCAGGUCUAAUUUGUUAUCUAAGUAUGUAUCAUGGUCGGGCAAGCCAUCUGAUUGUCAGUGUGACACCCUAGAAAAGGAGCGCUGGGUAGAAUCUUGGUUUUUGAAAAGUGAGAAGGAUCGAAAAGGGUAUCACUAUCUAAACAUAUAUGGUUUUUACAAGAAGGUUACAGGAGUGGGGGGAUAUGGUGUUAUUUUGCGUGACCCAUGUGGAAAGCCAGUAGUUGCCUCUGCCUCUGUGCAACAAAAUGGAAAAUCUUAUUUCUAUCAUGUGUUGGAUGGGGUGAAGGCUGGCCUUGCACUUGCUUUGGAACAUAAUAUAUAUGAUCUUAAACUGCGGUGCAACUCUGAAACACUUGCAGGUUGCCUUCGCCAGAUUUUUCAGCAAGCUGAUGCUGGUUUGUUUAAGACUAGACGUACCCGUAAUCGAUUUGCUCGUUAUCGAUGUGGUGCUUGCAAAACUUGUUUGAGUGUCGCCAUCCCUCUCGAUGACGAGAGAUUAGACAUUUUGUUUCCCCUUCUCAAGGAGAUAAUAGAUAUGCACAUUAAGAUAAUGUCCAAAUCUCAUUAUUUCUUCCUUAAUUAUGCUAGCAGAGGUGUAAAUAAAGCUGCAUAUCAUCUGGCAAAACAGCUUUCGAAGGAAAUGAAGACUGCAACGGAAUCUAAGACUAAUAAGACCAUAAGACCGAUUGACGUUGGGGAGGAUCUUAAAAUGAUUCUUUUUGAAGAUGCUUGUGUUGGUGCACGGUGGUACUCUCAACACCUGUGAAGAAAAUGGUGAAGUAGACUGAUGUGCUGCCUCUGUAAGGGCUUCAUGUGGGUUCAUCUUCAUUGUUGAAUGAAUUAUAAUUUUACAUUUUGUGUUCGUCUUUAUAUAUGUCAGAACAUCGGUAAAGAUCUGCAAGACUUCAUUGUCUGCAUCUUUUCUUUUGACUUUUAUCUCCUUCAGGGAAGGAUCUUUGUAUAUUUAUCUUUUGACUUUUAUCUCCUUAUGGGAAGGAUCUUUAUAUAUUUAUGUUCAGAUAGGCAUGUUGCAUUGUAGC